AUGGCAUCGCAAAACAAGCUUGACGACAAACGUUUGUAUAUAGGCAAUCUAGAUUCUGCUAUUGACGAAUACACCGUAGUAAAGUUAUUUGAACCUUUUGGAAAAAUAACCCAACUUGAUUAUCUUUUUCACAAAAGUGGACCGAAACGUGGACAACCUAGAGGAUAUUGCUUUUUAGAGUAUAGUAGGAAAGAUGAAGCAUUAAGAGCUAUGACGGCAAUGCAUUCUAAAGUGAUCAAAAAUCGAUCUAUGAUUGUGACUUUUGCAUAUUCUGCACCAGACAGUUACGAUGGUAAAAAUGAUUAUAAAAAACGUUCUUCGACGUCAAUGUUAUUAAAUAGACCAACCACCAUAUCUUUAUUAAAGUCGCAUAAAAUGGUUAAUGCUAGCACAGAUGCAAAAAUACAAGCAUUAGAACGAAAAUUAGCACAAAUGAAUCAACAGAAAUCGUCUUCUGAUUUAAGUUCAAAUUCACCAUCUCAACAACCUAUAACGAUAAAAAGUAGUUCUUCCUCUUUUUCAUCUAAAAGUAUAGAUAAAGACGAUCGACAAAGGUUUAAACCUUACGAAACUUAUCGAAUAAAGAAAUGA